AGCAAUAGUACGGAUAGGAAUCUUAAACCAUCGGAUAUUUAUUAUUCACAGGAUAGUAUUAGCAGCAUAUUUGGUGACAAUACAACUCACAGAGGGAAGAGAAUUGGUGAAACAUUGGACGACAUAAUUAAUGGAAGGGCAUCACGUUUGAGGAAUUCUGGGAGUUUUCUCAGUUCAUGAACAACUUGGACGAUUUCACCAUUGCAAUGAACAUGUACACCUACGCUGAGCAACCCGUCUCCAAAGAGGAGUUCCAGAGAGCUGUGCUGACCUGUAUUGGCUCCCCCCUGAAACCCCACAUUGUGGACACACUGUUCAACAUCCUCGACGUUGACGGAGACCAGCACCUCAGCUACAAAGACUUCAUAUCCAUCAUGAAGGACCGCAAGUACCGAGGCAACAGGUCUCACAUGCAGCCGAUGCCUCAUACCUUGGAUGCCUUCAAGAGUUGUGUCAAGUCCUACAUUUGAAUAUAUCACAUGCUCCAUCCACUUGGGCCUGUGUAAUCAAAAAGUCUUGGUUGUAACCACCUGGUACAUGUUUAAUUGAUAGCCUUCCUUGGCCGCGGAUCUGUCUUUUUUAAUACAUUGAGUAUGUUUGCAUAAAAAGAAGAAUAGUAUUUGAACAAAGGGUUGUUCGGUUUGACUGUGUAGAAUAGUUAAUCUGUAUUGUGUGAAGAUCUAUGAUACUUCUUGGCAAGGUGCAUACGGGAACUUAAUUCAUGUUUCAAUUGUGCUUUGGGUAUUUGAACUAAAUGUUGGUAUUAACAUUUGACUGAUUAGCAUAAUUUUUGUUUUAUAAAUAGUAAGAGCUCUGAUAUGCUUGACAACGCCCUUAUGACAGGAUAAUUUAAUUAGAAUGAUUUUGUAUAAUUUAUGGUGUAUCAUCAUAUUUUGUUGCCUACUCUAGUACAACUAAGAAUAUACAUAUUAAAACAUGUCUGAUGUUAAUAAGUAAAGGAAGUUCCUGUUUAUAAGGAAUUCACACAAUGCACUUGGCAAUUUGCUUGUUCACUAUCUUAAGUAAAUCAACUUUAAAAAAAGAUUUAAUGUAGAAAAAUAACAUCAUUUUAUAACUGAAAAUAUAAUAUAUCAUGUUAACAUCUAAUAAUUACGAAUUCUAAAUUCUAAUUUAGAAUACUUCAGGCAUUUAAAGGGACCUUUUCACGAUUUGGUAAAUUGACAAAAUUGAAAAAAGUUGUUUCAGAUUCGCAAAUUUUCGUUUUAGUUAUGAUAUUUGUGAGGAAACAGUAAUACUGAACAUUUACCAUGGUCUAAUAUAGCCAUUAUAUGCAUCUUUUGGCGAUUUAAAAACCUGAAAAUUAUAAAGUGUUGCAACGCGAAAUGAUUGAAUAAUUUGGAGAGUUAUGUUGUUGUCGUUUCAUUUUUUGAAACUACGAAGAUUGCUUAUAUAAAGUAUAAAAUACGUCGCCCAUAUAUAAUUGGCAGGAUGGCCGAGCGGUCUAAUUGGUAUUUACUCCAGGAUUCCGGGGGUCACUGGUUCGAGCCUUGCUGCGUGCUAAUUUUUUGUCCUUUUUAAGCUCGACUAUUAUAUAUGAAAAAUAUAUAGUGGAGCUAUCCUACUCACCCCGGCGUCUGCGUGACCGUCUGCGUUAGCGUCUGCGUUAGCGUGCAAAUGUUAAAGUUUUCGUACUACCCCAAUUAUUUACAUUGUCCCUUGACAUAUUGCUUUUAUAUUUUGCAUACGUGUUUACCAACAUCACCCCAACCUAUAAACAAGAGCAGACAACUCUAUCAAGUAUUUUGUCAUAAUUAUUGCCCCUUUUAUACUUAGAAUAUGCAUAUUAUUGAUAAAUCUAUGUUAAAGUUUGCGUACUACCCUAAAUAUUUCCUAUAUCCUUUAACAAAUUGCUUUUAUAUGUUAAAUACUUGUUUACCAACAUGAACCCAACCUAUAAACAAGAGCAGACCACUGUAUCAAGCAUUUUGACAUAAUUAUGGCCCCUUUUUUCACUUAGAUAAUUGAACAUUUUGCUUAAAUUGCCAUAACUUCUUUAUUUUUGAUCACAUUUUAUUAUUACUUUGACAAAACAACACUUACCUGAAUACCACAAUGGAUUUCACC